CUCAUUUCCACACAAAGAAAUUGCCCCAUAUAUGGUGAAAUAAGCCCUAUUCAAAUGAGGAAAAGGUAAGAAAUUUAAAAGAUGAUUGCCUGAAAUUGCAAUCAACCAACCUUGGAAGCAGUAACUACAGGCUGGAUGUCAAUGCCGGUGGUCUGAAUGGCUCCUUAGGCCUACUUAGAGAUCUCAGCGUCAGCAGGAGAAGCGAUCUUCAAUGCCUGCUUCCCAAUUCGGGACAGCCACUUCGAUCGCGGGCUUCACAGCAUCAGCAACGCAGCUUAAAACCUACUUCCACAAACUGCUCAUGAGGCUGUCAAAUUUGAAGACACAAACUCAGAGACCCAUUUAACAAAACUCGACCAGGGGUUUCGUCGGAGAACUGUCGAGAGGAGCUCAUGGCGAAGUUUAAGAGGGAGAGUGAUGAAAAUUGUUGAUAUGGUGGAAAGGAAUGGAUAGCAGAGGGAAUAAAGUGCCAUGGUAGCUGUUCCCGAAAUUUUGCGGGCGGCGAUCAGAGAUGAUAGGUAGCUGAGCAGGUUGUCAAACCGGGAUAAGUCAUCCAGCUGGUUUGGCAAUGAGUUUGAGAUUUAAUGGUCGGAUCGGGUUCAACCGGAUUAAGCCGGUUUUGACAAAAGGGAAAAGCAAAUGCCAGAAGUAGGACAUUUUUGUCUAUCAUCGGGGCCAAAGAAGAGUUAAAAAACUUGAUCAAUUCUCCUUGAAGAAGCUCAGAUUGUAGAGGACAAUCUGUGAGGGAAACAGUAUGGAGAAAACGGAUUGAAGACGUGAUUUUAAUCACUCUCCUUAGAGUGUUUAUUUGCCCCCACUACGUUGUUGCUGAUAGGAUUUAGGCAGACCACCCCUAGGAGUCCCUCCAAUCAAAGUCAAAAAGCAGCACCUUUCGUGACUUCUGUGUUUGUGUAUUUGGAGAAGGAAAAACGAGGAGAAGAAGAUGAACGUUGGACGAGAAGUCUGGCUGCAGAAGACUUUUAUAGUGAAAAUGGCAGUUCCCUUCCGAAGGGUUACGUCAUUCCACAAAAGUCAAACAUCAAAUAAUUAUCCGGAUUAAUUAAUUAAAAUAAUUCUGGUAAUUAAUUAGCCAAAAAUUCAAAUCCAAACGCGUAAAGUGCUAAGUGCAUAGUGCGAUUUAAUAUGUCAAAUUAAAUAGCCCACACUUUUUCCAAAACCCCACUAACCACUUUAUCCAAUGACUACAGUGGAAAGCAAACUUAAAAACAACUUGCACUUUCCUUCUCCCACCAAUGUGGUAUUUCUUUUACUCUUUUGAGUUUUGACUACUCUAACACAAUUGAAACAUACUGUUACAAGGCUAUAUUAGGUACAGACGUGCAAGAACCCACUCCAUCGACACCCAAAAAAUUAAUGAUGUGAUGAAAACAAAAUGAAAUCAAAAUAUAUGCUCUUUCUUUUGAUUAUUACCAGAAGGGAACGACCAAACUGCACCAAGAAGCCUGGCAAUCAGGACUCUUCCAUCGUCAACAAUCAACGAGUUGUGCUCUCAAUCCGUUCGGACUCUGUUCACCAAUCACCGCUAACACUUAAUCUUUGAUAAUGCACCAUAAUCGCUUACAGGGAAAGGGACUGACAGAUAGGACGAAAGGUGAGAAGGCGGAAGGAAAUUGAAGAAGUCAUGCGGCGGGAUAUUAAUAGGGAGAAAGGGAAGAGCGGGGCGGGGAUCUGGGUCGAGACAAGGGGGCGAGGAGCGACGACAAGGGGUGGGGCGGGGAUCGGCAACGAUGAGAGGUGGGGCGUCUCCGCUCGACAGACGAAUGUGAGGGCUCUGCUGGCUGCUUCGCUCGGCGGACGAAAGAAAGGAAGGGAUGCGAUGUGAUUCAGAAGAAGUAAGGCAUAAGGUUUAGAUUUGUCAAUUCAUAAGAAGAUCCAUCCAAAAUGACGACGCUUUGUUCAUGGCCGGUGACCGGAUAAAUCCGGUCAAACCCCGGUUUUGACCGGCUACCUGCUAGUUCUAAUUAUGGCUGGUGAAGGCCCUUUUAGUGUCCGGUUCCGGCCAGAUCCGGUCCAACCGACAGGUUCAACCCCGGUUUGACAACCUUGUAGCUGAGGCACGAAUCUGUUUUUUUUUUUUUCCUUCUUUUUUUCUUCGGAAAGAUUUCAAUGUAAUUCGUUGUCCUGCUGAAGCUUCAAAUGCUGCACAAUACAGUUCCAAUAUGAAGGAUUUUGAAAGUUGGAUCCUAGAGUUAGAGCUAAAAGAUCAUCAAGCUACGCGUCCAUGGUUCACCUGGCUUAAUAAGCAAGAUGCUCGUCCAAUAGCGAAAAAACUUGAUAGAGUAUUGGUGAAUUUUGAAUGGUUGGAUAAGAUGGUGGAGAUUUAUGUUUUCAGAUCAUUGUCCAAGUUUGGUGGAUACUGAGGCUGCAAAGCAGUCUUUGCCUAAGUCGUUUAAAUCUUUCAUUUCUGGAUCAAGCACCCAAAGUUUGAUGAGUUGCUUAAGAAGGCUUGGGAGAGCAAGGUGUCAGGGCCGCCAAUGAUAAAAGUUCAUAAGAAGUUGCGAAUUCUCAAGAAGCUCCUGAAGGAAUUAAAUCGUGAAGAAUUCU